UAUACUGCUUGUUCCUGCUUAUUUCUGAUUUGUGUUUGUUUAAUAGGCAAUUUUAUGGGUAACAUCCAGUGUUAGCUAGCUAUCAAACUUACCCUGAGGCAUUCAUUUCAGGAAUUCAUGUAACAAUAUCCUUUGACUCAUAACAUACAGCACAAUGUUUAUAAGGUCAAUUACCAUGGACGAAGUCAAGUUGGCCUGUACAAGCUCAAAUGAGUGUGGUGCCCAGGAGGCCAGCAGUCAAAAAGACACCCUGCUCGACCUCCACAACCAGAUCGCACAUCUGUUCUGCACCAGACUUAGUGAGAACUCCAUCAUGGUGAUACAGGAAAAGCUGCAACUCAUGCAAAGAAGCUCUUACUACUUGGAAAUCCAGCACGAUGAUUCGCUCCCAACUGCAGACCAGCAGCAGCAGACUUUAAAUUUGUCUGACAGUACAGUGUUGUCUCUUAUUGACCAGCGGAAGCUGAGGCGUGCCAUGACCCUGGCUAACACCCAGGUGAAGCUCCUACUCACUCUGCUGGGAAUGCUCUACGAGGAGAUUAUCAGUGGCUGUCGGGAACUUGAGGUCUUCAUCAUUAAGUACGACCAGGGUUUGGUGGACAGUGACAUGGCAGCUUCCACGCAGGAGAAGCUCCAGCGAACCCACCAGUACCUGAACGACUUUGAGAGCAGGUUGACUCGAAAUCUCGGCCCGCUGGACCUGCAGAACCAGCUCAUCCUGAACACAGGUCAGUACCCGAUGCCGCAGCUCAGCGCGUCUCUGGCCACCAAGAUGCCGGUGAUGUUUGACCGGUGUGAGUCGCGUGUGACAUCCAACGCUGCACACCUGUGUUGGGGAGUUGCCAGUCAGCAGUCUAAGGAGCCCUGCCAAGAGUUUGAGAUCCACAUGAAGAGCCUUCACCCAACUGCUGACCAGGACCAGUUUAUUAAAUCUACAUGUCAGUCAUACAGUAUACACUUCAACAACCUGACCCCUGACAGGUACUAUCAGUUCUCUGUCAAGAGAGUUGAUACUGUCAACUUGGUCUAUGGACUGUGGACUGACACUAUCAUCCUGAAGACCGUGAGUGUUUUCAAAUGAGAGCUUUUUGAAUAUGAAGAGAAUUCCCAGCCUGUGUAUAUUUACUAUGGGGAAUAUAUUUGACCUGUUUUAUUCUCAAUAAAGGUGCUUUUAGGAAAAAAAAA